CGCACAAACUGCUUGCUGAUGAGCGAGCGAGACAGGGCAGCGGACUGGCUGUGAAGACAGGAAACAGUACCUACAUCAUCAUCACUAAACAGGAAUAAACAACAGUCUCCGAGAGUACACAUGCAUAUGUUGCAGUUGUAUCUGUACAACGAACCCAUUUUAUUUUAUUGACAACACUAAUGAAGGACUUCUUUUCCCUGGUUACUUGAGCUAAGCACAACAUUAUGGCAGUCGUACUAAACCGACACGUCGUGCUUCUUACUUUUGCUUUUACUCGUUUUUGUUCAGCCGGAAACCUUGUUGCAAAUCGGGAACAUCAAACUGGAGAUAUCCCAGCAAUUGCCAAGUAUUUUGGGACCAAGACCAGAUACGAAGAGAUCAACCCAUACCUUUUGAACGACAUACUUUUCGUUAACAAAACUUCCUUGCAGCUUCAACAGGAAUGCACUCCGGUACACAUCAGCGCCGUCAUCAGGCAUGGCACAAGAUUCCCGACCGCCAAAAACGUUAAGAUGAUGAAAGACAUCUACAAGAUAGCUACAAAAACGAAGCGCAGGGGUCUGGGCUUGGUGGAUGAUAUAAGCCACUGGGAUAUGUGGUAUAACGACACGAUGGAUGGGCAGUUAGUGAAGAAGGGCAGAGACGAUCACAUGAAUCUGGCUUUUCGAUUGGCAACUGCGUACCCUUCACUGUUCACUGAGGACAGUUUCAGGGACUGCCGCAUGAAGUUCAUCACGAGUUCCAAGCACAGAUGUGUGGACAGUACCCUCUCAUUCAUCGAUGGGCUGGUGAUGAAGUAUUGGAAAAUGCAGGACGGGAGAAAGGGUAACAAUCUGCAUUGCCAGCUUGAAGUCAAUGAUGAUCUGAUGAGAUUCUUUGACAAAUGCGAGAGGUUUGUCGUUGACGUGGAAGAGAACAAGACUGCCUUGCAGCAGGUGGAUCUGUUCAAGACUAAACCAGAGAUGCAGGGGGUGCUGGACAAAGUGGCCAGUCUACUGGACAUAGCAGCCAGUGACAUCACAGCAGAUUUGGUUGAAGCUGCCUUUUACAUGUGUUCUUAUGACCUUUCGAUUAGAAAUCUGAAAUCGCCAUGGUGUCAACUUUUUGACCAGGAAGAUGCUAAGGUUCUGGAAUACGCCAAUGACCUCAAGCAGUACUGGAAGAGAGGCUACGGACAUGAGAUCAACAGUAAAUCAAGCUGCACUCUGUUUCACGACCUCUUCAGACGCUUGGACAAGGCUGUUGAGGAGAGUGAGAGGUCGGGUACGGUCUCUGAGCCCGCAGCUUUCCAGAUUGGCCACGCUGAGACUCUCCUCCCACUGCUGUCCCUCAUGGGCUUCUUUAAGGAUGAGACACCACUGACUGCCGACAACUUCGCCCAGCAGGGGGGGCGUGUGUUCCGAACAGGCCACAUUGUGCCCUACGCCUCCAACCUGGUUUUCAUUCUUCACCGAUGUGAGGGGAGCUACCGGCUUCAGCUACUGCUCAACGAGAAACCCCUGUCCUUCCCCCAGACGGACGAUCCAGCCCCAGAGUAUCAGCACGUGAAGAAUCUUUACAGCAACCUGCUUGAGGGGUGCGACUUCAAGAAAGAAUGCAAACUUCCCAGCGCCAAUGGAACUGUUAACCCAAUCAUCCAUGAGCUGUGAUCAAUCAAACCCCCAACUUCAGAAAUGGGAACUGGGUCAUAUUGAGGGCACACGCUCUUGUGAAAUAAAUUAGCAACUUCACAGUUUUUAAAACUCAGAGAAAACGCUGUGUGUCGUUUUUGAUACAAGCAUGAGACUGUGUUUCAUUGUCUGACAUUCACACAAUGUCUAAGAUUCCUGGGGAAAAGGCUUUUAACUAUGUGCUAUAGUCACCAGACAUGGUUGCCAGGAUACAGGUUUGAAAUGAAGCAAGCUGACCCCACUGCCUGUAUCUCUGUAUCUGAAUAUAAAAUAAAAAGUUUAUUGUUUUGGUGCGCAUAGAAAGUGUUGAAGUUGCUAAUCAUUUUCACAAGAGGAAGUUUUAGCUUUAUCAAUUCCUUUUAAAUCUCUAAAUUACAUUUCUUUUAAUGGCUGCUAUUUCACUUUUAGAAAUGUCACCCAAAACAAAGUCUGUGGUGGUUGUUUUUUUUUAACUUUCCAAAUUCUAGUUUACCACUAAUUCCAAAGCCUACCUAACAUAUAUUUUUUUCUGAAACUUAUCGUAUAUUAUAGUUUUGUAUGCUGCUAUGGGCAUUCAUAUAUUGUGUAUCGGUUAUUAUUCAUUGGGUUUGAGAACUAAAGCAGGUUUAGCUGGUUGUGGUCUGAACUUUUGCUCAUAUUUCACAUAUUUACAAUUCUUUUCCUGUAUACAAUAGCUUUUAAAUCAUUCCAAAAUGUCAUCCACGAUCAUGUUACAGGUGCUGGAUGCAUCCGACAUGUACAGAAAUAUAUAACCACUUCAGUGUCAAUUCAAACCCAACCCUCGAAGAUUCAAAUAAGAGCCACGUUGGCAGGGCAAAACUUCUGAACAGUCAUCUAGCAGCAUUCCUAUACCAAGCUACAUAAUCGUGGGGCCUUAUUAUUUGAAGGUUAGAGUUGUUAUCUGAUCAUUUUCAGUAAAAUAGGAGAUAUUACCUCUCUUGUUAAUAUUUAGUGUGGUGACAGUGUAAGCCGAUAGAUCAAAGCUAGUAAAAAAACACAGAAUUUAAAAUAAAAUCCUAGUUAGUUAUCACGAUUUUCAGCAGAAAAAAAAGGUUAAGUGUUUAUAGCCUUACUGUAAUUAACCAGCAGGACCCCCUGGCGUUUCACAGCAAUUUGGUGUGAAACUCCAGUUAUAUUGCUUGCUAAAAUAAAUCGGGGGGGGGGAUCUAUAUUCACAAACUCAUAAAUUAUAUAAAGACUGUCUUGUAGGAUUAAAAAUGUGCAUCCUGUUGCUUGUUAAACAUAAUUUGAACCAAGGAACCCUAGAAAAGUUUACCACUGUAUUUUUGCAGUUUUACCAGGCUUUUCCCAUGGUUAUACUAAUCAUUUUCCCUGGUUUGCCUUGUUUAUUUAUUAAUACACUUUUCCAUAUACCUCCCUAAUCGUUACAAUGGUUUACAAUGCUUUCACUAUGCUUUAUUACACUGUGCAGUCUAGAAUGAAUGAAGAUGCUUUUGAAACAGUGUUGUGAAUUAAUGAAGAUUGCCCACUGUUUAAUACAUUACAAUGAUGAAGAAAGCCCACACUGCGAUUGAUCUUUACAAAUGGGAUUAUGUGCCUGUAGUAUUAUUUACAUAUAUUUUAAAAUUAAUUUGUGUGCAUAAGAUUUUUUUUUAGGUUUCUGUGCUCACUUGUUAAAAUACAAGGGUUUUCCUAACAGAAUAUAUAUUUAGCAUUUAAGGUUGUAUGGUACUAAAGUAAUCAUGUUGAAGGUUUGAAUGACAAGAGGUUAAGAUUUCUUUGCACAAACUGCAGUAAUAUUCAGUAUUUGGUAAUCUAUAUUUUUGCGUAAGUAUGCUUUUGAUUUGUCAACUCUUUCACCCAUUGAAAACAGGAUAUUGCAAUGUAAUCUUUUCCCGAAAUGAGACUAGAGUAUUUAGUAAGCAUUUAGUAUUUUGCUUUUUUUUUUGCUGUUAAUUGUUUAAAAAAUAAAAUAAACCACGAUGCUAAAAUAAA